AUGGUGCUAAUCUCCUCUUGCAGGAAGUUCGGGAAACAGAUUCAGCGCCGGCAGCUGGAUCUCCCCGAAUAUGCCGCCAGCUUCGUCAACUACAAGGCCCUGAAGAAACUGAUCAAGCAACUCAGCGCCACUCCAACCAUCCCGGCUCAAACCACGGCCGAGGAUGUGGCCCAGACGGGGACACUCGAUGCGCAGGCCGCCCUGCGCGCGAACAAGGAGGUCUUCUUCUUCCGUUUAGAACGGGAGAUCGAGAAAGUCAAUGCGUUUUAUCUACAGAAGGAAUCAGAGUUCUCCCUACGUCUCAAAACGUUGGUCGAUAAGAAGCGCGUCGUCCAGUCGCGGUCUGCAUCCAACUCCAAGCGCCCGUCCAACUUUGUCGCGCUGUUCGAGGGAUUCCAGCAGUUCGACGGCGACCUCAACAAGCUCCAGCAAUUCGUGGAGAUCAAUGAGACGGGAAUGUCCAAAAUCCUCAAAAAGUGGGAUAAAACGUCUAAGUCUCGGAUGAAAGAGCUAUACCUUCACCGUGCCGUGGAAGUGCAACCAUGUUUCAACCGGGAGGUGCUCCGCGAUCUUUCGGACCGUGCGACAACAGCUCGGCUGGAGUUGGAGGCAUGGGCGGAGGGAGAGAACAUUGAGUUUGAUGCUGCACGGCCGCCCGCUGGUGCUGCGGCGUCUGCUGGGGCGGAGGAGGAUGAAUUGGAUCUCCAGGUCCUGCAGUCUGCCUCGACCGGCAAUCUCCAGACGCUGCGGGAAUGGUUGGUGAAAUUGAAGACCUCGCCAGAUGCCCGCGAUCGCGGCACCCGGACUUUCUUGACCGCGAUUAACGGCUUCUCUGAUGAUGUUUUGGGCCUUCUCCUGGAAAGUGGACUGGUGGACAUCCACGCGGAGGAUGACAUCAAUGAACGGAAUUGCCUUCACGAGGCCGCCAUCUCCGGUCGUGACUUUGUGUUCAGGGCGGGUCUAGCUGCCUCGGUGGAUAUCUCCAUGUCAGACGUGUAUGGACGGAUACCGUUACACUACGCAUGCAUGCACGGACGCGUGGAGAUGGUGAAGCAGCUUUUGGCCGUUGGACCGCAUACCGUCGACGUAAUGGACCACGACAACUUCACUCCCUUGAUCCACAGCAUCGUCAAGGGUCAGCUCGCCUGCGCGGAGCAGCUGCUAUUCAACAAUGCCCGCAUUGACCCGACCCAGGAGGCGGAUCAAGUUCCUUUAAAUGCUAGCCAAUAUGGCGCCUUCCCGAUUGUCAAGACGGAUCACAUUCCCUUGAAUCUUGCCUGUCAAUAUGGCUCUAUUCCGAUUGUCAAGAUGCUCCUUGAACGACAUGCGAAAUUGCUACCGGACGCCGAGGGGCUUUACCCACAGCACAUGGUGGCUCGCGCCUCACAGUCCCCGGAGCUGUUCUUGCUCCUGAAGCAGCACGGUGCCGACCUGAACCAGCGAGACAAGCUCUAUCAGUGGACGCCUCUCUUCCAUGCAGCGAGCGAAGGCUGCGUGCCAUGUUUGCGCACACUCCUCGAGCUCGGCGUGGACCCGCAUGUGGCCGACGAGAAGGGACUGUCCGCGAUGUACUACGCCGCAUGGGAAGGUCAUCUGGAGUGUAUGCUUCUUCUCUGGGCUAAGCCCUCAAGCGUCAUCUCAGGACGACGGGCAAUGGAUGUGCUCAAUGGUCUGCAACUGCAAGGCGCCGCCGAUGCAAUGGGGGACCCGAUGGAACAAGAGGAGUCUACCGAGAUGGACACCGCGGACGGUAUCCCAGAUCUGUCCCUACCGCCCCCGAUCAUCCCGUUGAGGCGGUACGGCCACAACUUCCUGGACAAGAAGACCUUUGUCCAAAUCUUGUUCGACCAAGGGAAUACGGGGUCGAUUGCAUUUGAUCAAGCUGGACGCUACCCGGCGGCCCGAUUGACCAUCUCAUCCAAGCUGUCAGACCUGAUUCCACGCACCAUUAUGUUGCCCAUCCAGGACGAUUCCCGAAGCAUCUCCUUCCACGUGGACAACCUCGACACUUUCACCGUGGAUUUCGAGAUCUUCCCGACCUUUGGCUCCAAGGUGAUUGCCAAGAGCGUGGCUCUGCCGGUCGUCUUCCGCGUCGAAUCGUCAAGCACCGGUACAUGCAGCCUGCCACUGUUCGACCCACGGCUGCGCGCGAUCGGUCAGCUGCGGUUUAAUUUCCAGGUCAUCAAGCCGUAUCACGGUGAUCCCUUGGAGAUCACCCACUUCGCGACAUACUGGAAGGCGACCAGUGCUUUGGACUCUGAACAUAAUGGGCUGGUCACCGGCUCCAGUCUGUCGGGAGACUAUGUGCAGCUCUUCGUGCAGCUGACCCGGGAUCGAGUGCCAGUGCUUUAUUCUCAAUUUACCAUCGACCACCAUGGCAUCGCGAUCCCGAUCUGCCACCUGACGUAUGCUCAAUUACAGGCCGUUGGCGCGGAACGAGGCAUCAACCACCAGCAAGUGAUGCAGUUCCUGGAGACCCAGGCGGCUCAUGACAUGCCUCAGGCUCAUCGACUCCUUGCAACAUCCUUCCUGUCCCUUCGGGAAGUCUUGCGGCAUCUGCCGGUCGACCUGAACAUCAACAUCACAAUCCUUUAUCCAUCUGUCGCCGAGGAGCAGAGUCUUGACAUGAGCUCGCUGGCAGAUGUCAACAGCUUUGCCGACUCGAUAUUGACAGAUGUCUUUGACCAUGCUCGCGUGGCUCGGGAAAAGAACCCAGACUUCAUGCGGUCCGUGGUGUUCACGUCGUAUAACCCGAAUAUCUGCACGGCCCUCAAUUGGAAGCAGCCGAAUUAUCCUGUCCUUCUCUGCAAUGACCUCGGGCAGAUCCGAGAUCUGGCUCAGAAUGUGGGCUCGAUGCCUCAUGUGGACAGCAGUGGACGGGCGUCGAUGUCUAUCAAGGAGUCUGCGCGGAUUGCCCAAAGUAACAACUUCAUGGGUCUGAUCUGCCGGUCGAGUCUUCUGAAUGUUGUUCCCGCAUUAGUGGAAACCAUUAAAGAGCUCGGCCUGGUCCUUGUGGCUGACACCUCCGAUGAGGUCGGGCAGCCCGACCGUGCAGACGCACUGUCGGCCGCCAGCGCGAUGGGCGUCGCCGCCGAAUGGGCCUACCGAAUGCCCGACGGUGUCAACGGUGUGAUGAAGGCCAAUGGCAUCCUUCGAUUCAAUGAUAUGAUCGACAUGUGA